CUUGUAAACAGAGGCUUCCCAUCAACCAUCAGGAAGAAUUCUUUAUCAUACAAUACGGUUUUCGAUCUCAAGCUCAGAGCUUCUUUUUAUUUUGGUUUCGUUUACUCAUAUUUUGUUAAUCUUUACUGAAAUCCCAAUUUUAAUUUACUGCCCAGACUCUUUUUCUUCCAUCCGACCAUAUCUAGCUGAGAUUAGAGACUGAACAGAUUAGAAGCCUCUGUUUUCUAGCUACUUUGUUUUGUAGUUAAAUUUGGUAGUUCCGAAGAAGAUUUCUUCAUUUUCUGGAACUGGGUUUUGUGUUUUUUGUUGUAAAUUAGAAACCCCAUUGACGAAUUUCUGGUAUUCUUUGUCGGACAUUGGCGGUCGUAAUGGAUUAUUUGAUUAUUUUUCUCAAGCCAAACGGUUAUAAAUUCAUAAAUAAGAGAGCCCUUCACUGAAUUUGGUUACUGAAAGACAAUGGUGAUGAAAAUCAAGUGGUUGGAUUAAGAAAGAGGGCACGUCAUGAGAAAUUUCCUUGGUGGUUUUGUAUUGCCUCUGCUGCUAUUAACAGCUGCUCUACUCAAUUGGAGUUUGAUUUCUCUGGUUGAUUUGUUAGCAUUUCUUAUCAUUCAAUUUAGUGCUCCAAAAACAGGAUUUCAUUUUCGAAGGCAAUCCGGCGUGCAAUGGUUUAUUAUUUUCUUCUCCUUACUGGCCAUUCUCCCACAAGUGAUAUUCUAUAUCAUUUGGGCUGUUGAGGGUGAUGAAUGGAGUGUAAUAGAUUCUUGGUGGGCACAGUUACUCGGAUAUGUGAGAGUCCAGCCCUUGAGAUCUCCGUCUGCCAUUUCUUUCUUGGUCGUUCAGUUAUUAACAGCUCUUGUUGCUCUACUUGAAAUCUGUGGGAGUAGGUUUUUACUGAUUCCAUGGCAAGACUCCUCUUGGGGUCAUUUCUUAUCAUGCAUGGAACGUUUAGGUACCCAUCUCGGAGUUGCUUGCUGCUUACUAUUGCCUGCUAUUCAGCUUGUUGUGGGGAUUAGUCGUCCUUCCUGGGCUUCUCUACCAUACUUUAUUUGCAGCUGUGUAGGACUUGUUGAUUGGUCUCUGACAAGCAAUUUCCUGGGUCUUUUCAGGUGGUGGAGGCCUCUUCUAUUGUAUGCUGGCUUCAACAUUGCCCUGCUUUAUGUGUAUCAGCUCCCUAUUGUGUUCCCGAAGAUUCUCCAAAUGGUAGCAGACUUCAUUGGGUUCUAUAAAAUGUCUUCCAUCUCAGAGUGGACAGAAAUCUGUUCUGGUCUUUCUCUUCUAGUUUUCUACUACAUGCUAUCCUUUGUGAAGUGCGAUUUAGAGGAAAUGGAUGUUAUUAUGUCCAUGAGAGAAAGCAACUUGACUGAGCACCUUCUUCCUUCAAGACAUUCGUUUUUCAUUCGUGAAUCGAGAUCUGGUGUAAGGCACACCAAUGUUUUGUUGAGGGGAUCUGUUUUUCGGACUUUUAGCAUCAACUUUUUCACAUAUGGUUUCCCGGUCUCCUUGCUUGCUCUCUCAUUUUGGAGUUUCCAUUUUGCAAGUUUAUGUGCAUUCGGAUUACUUGCCUAUGUUGGCUACAUUCUCUAUGCCUUCCCUUCCCUCUUCCACUUGCACCGGUUAAAUGGGCUGCUUCUUGUCUUCAUACUCUUGUGGGCUGCCAGCACAUAUGUUUUCAAUGUGGCAUUUGCUUUCCUCAAUAAGAAGUCUAGAGACAUGGAGAUCUGGGAAACUGUCGGUUUGUGGCAUUACCCAAUUCCUGGAUUCUUUUUACUUGCACAAUUUUGUCUUGGAAUUCUUGUUGCCGUGGGUAAUCUUGUCAACAAUUCUGUUUUUCUGUACUUGUCUGAUGCUGAUGGGCAAUCCUUGAAUGAUGAUCGUACUGUAGAAGAGAAGGAAGAGACAAAAGUAUUGAUCGUUGCUACAAUAGCAUGGGGUCUGCGCAAAAGUUCUCGAGCUAUUACACUUGCACUGAUAUUUCUUCUUGCCAUGAAGCCUGGCUUCAUCCAUGCCAUAUAUAUGGUGAUCUUUUUGGUGUACCUAUUGAAGCAUACUGUGAGCCGAGAAGUACGUCAAUCGCUUAUUAUUCUAUGUGAAGUGCACUUUGCACUAUUGUACAUCCUUCAGCUUAAUCUGAUCUCCAAUGUUUUGGAACAAAAGGGUUCUUUCACCAUGGAAGUCCUGUCGCAGUUAGGUCUGCUGGACCAUGCUAGUCCCUGGGAUUUCUUGGAAAUAGCUGUACUCACGUGUUUCUGUGCUGUUCAUAACCAUGGGUUUGAAUUGCUAUUUUCAUUCUCCGCAAUUGUGCAGCACACUCCCUGCCCUCCUUUCGGAUUUAGCAUCUUGAGAGCCGGUUUGAACAAAUCAGUCCUGCUGUCAGUUUAUACUUCGUCAAUUGCUGGAGAGUGCCAAUCUGAUAACCCUUCUCACGGUAUAAGUGUAUAACUGCUCCCAAGAUUGUAUUCUACAAUGAUUACUUCAACCUAUUCUGUUUCUCUUUUGAUUAAAAAUAGGAAAAAAAGUGUACUGUAUAAAACUCAUAAUUUUCGGUAGGCCAUAGAAGCUUCCUCAUCCUAUGCAAUCUCUCUGAUUAAUAUCAUAAGCCACAUUUGAACUUGAACAAGUAAAAACAUCUAAUUUGUAAUUUUAUUAUUAGACGCUCAUACUUGAUUUCUGUACAACAAAAUUGUAAUACUUUGUCCAAAUCUUAAUUAAUAGCCACAUAAGAUAAAAAGGAAAAUAUUUUUAAGCAUAACUCUAAUAAGUCAGGUCCCUCAUGGCCUCAUGCAAAUGAAACCUGCCAAGAAAUAAGCAAAAUAGUAUACAUGCUGAAAAUGGGACACUGAAAGACCCAUCAAUGUAGAAUCAAUUCCCAUAUAGAUAACUAGGAAUUAAUUCCAGAACAGGAUCAUAGGUGCUGCCAGUCGAUAGACUGAACAAAAGAGAUGCCGCAGGUCUUGGACUUGUCUUCUCAGAUCUUGCAAUGGCAGCAGGUGUUGGUGCUUGUAAUAAAGCUUCAAACUGAACUCGAACAAGACUGGAAUCACUCAUGAUAGAAGAGAAAAUAAAGAGAGAAAUAAACAUAAAAUAGAGAAGGGGAGAAGAAGAAUAGAAGAUAGAUGGGGAAGGGGAAUAGGUUGGGUCGAGUAUCUCACUCUUCCCUGGGCAUCUCACCCACAAGGUCUCUCACCUCACUGCAUCUCACAGUAAUUGGAAUAAUCCAAGUCUUUUUUUUUUCUUCAUCAAAUCGUGGCUGUAAAUCAGCCUUGUCUUUUAUUUAUAGAAUGAUCAUCAAUCACAACCUAAUUGACUGAACUAAAACCUUCCUAUUACAAAUCCAAUUCAAAAUAAAAUCCCAUUCUUAAUUGAAAACUUGCCUAUUACCUAUUACAAGAAAAUAGGAAAGAAACAAAUCUAAAAAUGUAAAUAAGAUAACCAAAUCGAUUCCUUGUGAAGCAAGGAUCCAGCAGUUGCCAAUUAGUCUUCAAAUUGAUCUCAUCCAGCUGGCCGUGGGGCCCAUAAGAACUGGAAAUAAUCCCCUAAAAAUCACCUCUGCGAAAAUAGUAAUUGAAUCCAAAAAAUAUGGAAACUCUUCCACUAAUUCCUCCUCACGCAAGUCAUCAAUCAAUCCCAAAAUUUCCUCCAUAUCAUGGUCAGAAUGGGGCCCACAAAUGUUGAAUGAAUCUUCUUCAAUUCUUAUCCACGCAAGCUGUCCUUGGGUGAACCAAUCAAGAACCAAGAACCAAGAACCAAGCCACACCAGACCAGGCUGCCUCCCACAGCAGUUGCGUCCCACAACCAGUCUUGACUAGUUUUGGGGCCUUGUUACUGCGAUCUACAUCACCCAUGCUCCAUUGGUUACAAUCCUGAGGCACUUCUUGUCUCGUCUAAGUUUUUCCAUGUCACAGUGUUUCACUAGAAAGUUCAUGUAACUAGCUUUCUUACAAGUCCAUCAUCAUGCAAUUUGGAUGUGAUUUAAGAUAGUAAUUGAUUUACUCAUGAUUUUGUAAAAAAAAUCAACCUAUACAGUAAUGCUGUACAACUGAAAUGAUGUCCCCAACAAUUGGGACUCCCUAUAAAAAAAAAUCAGCCACCUCCCAUAGGUUAUUUGAGUCUUAAUAGCCUUUCUGGAUUUGGGAUUUAGUUUAUACAAAUUAGCUUUUGGACGUUUAUUUCCCCUUGUCAGAAGUUUGUGCAAAAAUUGAAAUGAAAAAGUCUUUUGAGAGUUGUAGUGCAUUUUGAAGUUUCUCCAUAUGUGUGUAUAAUGUUAAAGUCUUAACUCUUUAAGGUUAGGGAAUGGGGUUUAUUAUUUAUAUAAGGUCCUGGUAUUUCUACAUAACAAUUGCAUGUUUAGGGGGAUGUUCAAUUUCUCAAAAGUUAGUCAACUUUGUCUUCCAUCAUAAAUUGCCAUGUAGCAAACAAGGUUGGGUCCAUGUGAUAGAGAACUUGACACCCAUCUCACUGGUCAAGUUUUUGCUCAAAAUUAGUUGGGGAAGUGCCUUAAAAGUAAAUUCAAAGUGACAAAUAUUUACAGAAAUGUAGUGAAAUUGCACUCUGAUUUUAUAAGCUUUAAACUCAUAUUUCAACUACUCAUGACCAGUGAGAUGAGUAUCAGUUCCUUUAUGAAUGGACCCGCAUGUCCUGGUCAAAGUCUGUGACCUGGCAAGGUAGUGUCACCUUGUGACAAUGAUGAAGUUCACAAAGAUUUGAUUCUUAUGAGAAACUUUUGACUGCUUGGUUUAGCAGCUUUUGGGAGGUUGAACCUGGGCUUUGACCAUUACUGAAGUUAUUUUCUACACUCUUUCUGCAGUUGAGUUAUCUGGAUGCAUCAGUAUUUUUGGUUUUUGAGUUCUUAAUCCUUUGGUUUGCAAGUCAUCUUCUUUUUCUACUUGGUGGUUUUGAGGUUUGCAACUGCAUCAUACCAUAAGUCUUGUUUCAGGUUCGAUGUACCAAUGGGAGAAACUUGAGAACUCAAGGUGUUGCUAGAAUGUUUGAUGUAGAAUGGAUCUAAGAUCAGCCCUUGUGGGUAAUGUUCCUCAAGGA